AUGCCAGAUCAAACCAAGACUUUCACCAUGGUUCGAGGGACUAGAGGGUAUUUGGCACCAGAGUGGCAGAAAAACACCCCGAUAUCAGUGAAGGUCGAUAUCUUCAGCUAUGGGAUCGUGUUGUUGGAAACCAUUUGUUGCAGAAAGAACCUGGAUGUACAAGUAUCCAAUAUGGAAGAGAUAGUUCUUUCUACUUGGGCUUACAAGUGCUUUGAAAGAGGGCAAUUGGAUCUGCUUGUCGGUGAUGAAGAAGUGGAUAUGGCGACACUGGAAAGAAAUUGCUACUCCUCCUUGUCCAAUUUCCGUUUGAUCGGUUAA